CCGGGCGGCCUCCGAGCGGCUUCGGAGAGAGACGGUGGAAGCCGCGGGCUCGGGCGGGAGCCGGCGCGGGCUCGGCGGCUGCACCUCCCGCUCCUGGAGCGGGGGGGAGAAGCGGCGGCGGCGGCGGCCGCGGCUCCGGGGAGGGGGUCGGAGCCGCCUGUCACCAUUGCCAGGGCUGGGAACGCCGGAGAGUUGCUCUCUCCCCUUCUCCUGCCUCCAACACGGCGGCGGCGGCGGCGGCACGUCCAGGGACCCGGGCCGGUGCUGAGCCUCCCGUCCGCCGCCGCCGCACACCCCCUGGCCCGGGCUCCGGAGGCCGCCGGAGGAGGCAGCCGCUGCGAGGGUUCUCCGUCUUCUCCCCAUUCCGCUGCCCCGGCUGCCAGGCCUCUGGCUGCUGAGGAGAAGCAGGCCCAGUCGCUGCAACCAUCCAGCAGCCGCCGCAGCAGCCAUUACCCGGCUGCGGUCCAGGGCCAAGCGGCGGCAGAGCGAGGGGCAUCGGCGACCGCCAAGUCCAGAGCCAUUUCCAUCCUGCAGAAGAAGCCUCGCCACCAGCAGCUUCUGCCAUCUCUCUCCUCCUUCUUCUUCAGCCACAGGCUCCCAGACAUGACAGCCAUCAUCAAAGAGAUCGUUAGCAGAAACAAAAGGAGAUAUCAAGAGGAUGGAUUCGACUUAGACUUGACCUAUAUUUAUCCAAAUAUCAUUGCUAUGGGAUUUCCUGCAGAAAGACUUGAAGGUGUAUACAGGAACAAUAUUGAUGAUGUAGUAAGGUUUUUGGAUUCAAAGCAUAAAAACCAUUACAAGAUAUACAAUCUAUGUGCUGAAAGACAUUAUGACACCGCCAAAUUUAACUGCAGAGUUGCACAGUACCCUUUUGAAGAUCAUAACCCACCACAGCUAGAACUUAUCAAACCCUUUUGUGAAGACCUUGACCAAUGGCUAAGUGAAGAUGACAAUCAUGUUGCAGCAAUUCACUGUAAAGCUGGAAAGGGACGGACUGGUGUAAUGAUUUGUGCAUAUUUAUUGCAUCGGGGCAAAUUUUUAAAGGCACAAGAGGCCCUAGAUUUUUAUGGGGAAGUAAGGACCAGAGACAAAAAGGGAGUGACUAUUCCCAGUCAGAGGCGCUAUGUAUAUUAUUAUAGCUACCUGUUAAAGAACCACCUGGAUUACAGACCAGUGGCACUGUUGUUUCACAAGAUGAUGUUUGAAACUAUUCCAAUGUUCAGUGGCGGAACUUGCAAUCCUCAAUUUGUGGUCUGCCAACUAAAGGUGAAGAUAUAUUCCUCCAAUUCAGGACCCACACGACGGGAGGACAAGUUCAUGUACUUUGAGUUCCCUCAGCCAUUGCCUGUGUGUGGUGACAUCAAAGUAGAAUUCUUCCACAAACAGAACAAGAUGCUCAAAAAGGACAAAAUGUUUCACUUUUGGGUAAAUACAUUCUUCAUACCAGGACCAGAGGAAACCUCAGAAAAAGUGGAAAAUGGAAGUCUCUGUGAUGAGGAAAUCGACAGCAUUUGCAGUAUAGAACGUGCAGAUAAUGACAAGGAGUAUCUAGUGCUCACCCUAACAAAAAACGAUCUUGACAAAGCCAACAAAGACAAGGCUAACCGGUACUUCUCUCCAAAUUUUAAGGUGAAAUUAUACUUUACAAAAACAGUAGAGGAGCCAUCCAAUCCAGAGGCUAGCAGUUCAACUUCUGUGACACCAGAUGUGAGUGACAAUGAACCUGAUCAUUAUAGAUACUCUGACACCACUGACUCUGACCCAGAGAAUGAACCGUUUGAUGAAGAUCAGCAUUCACAGAUUACAAAAGUCUGAUUUUUUUUUUUUUUUUUUUUUUUUUUUUUUA